UUAAAAAAAAAAGAUUGAAAAUAACAUGGCUGCUGAAAUGGCGUCAUAAAUAGUUUCUGACGUUGUUUAUAUUUGUGCGAAAGUUCUGCCGUAAUAAUACUACCAAGCUCUUUACGUUAAUAGGAAAAAAUGUGAAGAGGAUAUCGUUAAUCGAUUUACAAUAAUGUUAAAGAGAUUUCGCCUGGAAAAGAUGUCAAAUAACACAGUUGGCUCUUCGGGGCAUGCUCCCGGCAAAUUACGUGGACCUGGAAGACCUCCAAAACGCACUUGUACGUGGUGUGCUGAAAGUAAAACGCCUCUCAAAUAUGUUUUGCCGACAGAAAAUGGCAAAAAGGAGUUUUGUUCCGAGACUUGCUUGUCGGAAUUCCGACAAGCGUAUAGCAAAGGUGCUUGUCUCAAUUGUGAUAAUGUCAUACGUGCAAAUGCUCCGCCUAACAAAAACUUCUGUUCAACCUAUUGUUUGGAGAAGUACCAGAGGACUAAAGACAAACGCACCUCAUCUCCGCAGUCCGGAAAUGGACCUAAUGGCUCAGAAACUAAUACUAAUAAUAAUUCAACCGCUUCCUACUACGAUCCUUAUCAAGCUUUCGAUUGGACCGAGUACAUGAAAGAAACUAAUAGCACCGCGGCACCUCAGGAAUGCUUCAAGCAAGCCCCGGCUCCACCAGUUAACGAUUUUAAGGUAAACAUGAAAUUAGAAGCACUAGAUCCAAGAAACCUGACAUCCACUUGUAUUGCAACUGUAGUCGGAGUCCUGGGGCCUCGAUUGAGGCUAAGACUCGAUGGUAGUGACAAUAAAAACGAUUUCUGGCGACUCGUUGAUGCUGGAGACAUUCAUCCCAUUGGUCAUUGCGAGAAAAACAAUGACAUGUUGCAACCACCUCUGGGAUUCCGUAUGAAUGCAAGUAGCUGGCCUAUGUUUUUGCUCAAAACUCUGAACGGAGCGGAGAUGGCUCCUGCUAAGGUAUUUCAGGCCGAACCGCCGACUCCUAAAACUAAUUUAUUUACUGUCGGCCAAAAGCUGGAAGCGGUAGAUAAGAAGAAUCCGCAACUUAUUUGCUGUGCAACAGUGGGUGCGGUUAAAAAUGACCAGAUUCAUGUAACCUUCGAUGGAUGGAGAGGUGCAUUUGACUACUGGUGUAAAUAUGACUCGAGAGACAUAUUCCCUGUGGGCUGGUGUGCCAGAGCUGGUCAUCCUCUGCAGCCACCUGGUCAGAAGAGUGCUAUUACACCAUCCAGAUUCAAGAUGCGCCCAAGUGGAAUACCUAACCCAGCUUUGCCUGAAGGUGGGGCAACAGGAACUGGAACUACAAAUGGCACGAACACAGCUACUCAGGCAGCUAACGUCAGCUUGAUAAUACGGAGCAGCUGCAAUGGUGGGCACAGUGCUAUGCCUAACUCGAUAACGGGCAUUGGAUUUGCAGGUGCAGCGGAGGCUCUUGUUAAGGAAUUGAUCAGUGUGCACCCUGAUGCACAGAAGUUGACCAGGGCAGUCCUAAACGCUUCCAGUAGCUAUUCAAACAUAACUAAUGUACAGGUGACAGCUGGAAACAAAAGCUAUGCUGUGAAAGUACCCUCAGAAUUAACAAAGAAUGAAUUGAAGAAUUGGCUGAAACUGCUAUGUACGGGCGUGGGAUGCCCGCGCAUGAUAGAAAUAGACUCCGGAGAAGCUGCCGGUAGACCAUGCACCCUGUGUGGAGAGUCCACCUCCGACUCCACAUCAGCUUUGAAGAGACCACAGAAUGACACGGAACCACCGAAAGCCGAGCCGUCUACCAAGUUAGCCCGAGUAUCUUCUCCGGAGGUGGCAUCGUCCACCACGAGCGCGCCGCCGCCCCCGCCCGCUGCGGCCCCCGCGGACUGGUCGGUGGAGGACGUGAUCGGCUUCAUAGCGGCCGCGGACACCGCGCUAGCCGCACACGCUGAUCUGUUUAGGAAACAUGAAAUAGACGGAAAAGCGUUGCUGCUGCUCAAUUCCGAUAUGAUGAUGAAGUACAUGGGACUGAAACUUGGACCCGCUCUCAAGAUUUGCAACUUAGUAUCGAAAAUUAAGAACCGUAGGCACUACAGCACCUAAGUUUUGCACCACGCAUAAUACACUACGAAUAACACCAAUAUACACCAAUAAACUGAAUCUCACAUACAUAAUAUUGAGAACAUACAAAAAGUUUACGACAGAUAUAAAGCAUAGAUUUUUGUAUUUGGAUUGAUGAUAAUUGCAUUUAUCUUAGAUAGUUAAAUACAAACCAAGUUUUGAUAACUUCACAUACUUAUGAAGUGGUAAGUGUAUAUUUACAUAGAUUUUGGCUAGUCGAGAGUAAUAUUAGGAAUCUAGAUGUGAAGAAAUAUAUCUAUCGAGGCAAUGCGUAUUUAAUGAGGUUAAAAUCAAUUUUUCGAUGUUGUAUAAUGAUAAAAAGUCCAAAAGAGUAUGAAAUCAAUGUAAGUUCUAUUAUGGCAUAAUAAUUUACUUAAGUUUAAAAAGACUUUACUUUUCAUCAUUAAUAUACUUAGUUCAAUGUGACUAUACUUCAGUAUUAGAAGUUUCUUUUUUUCUGAUUUUUUUUGUACAUUUUCAUUCAAUGUCAAAAGAAUAUAUGCUACUUUUAAGUAGAUUUAAUAAGAGUAUAGAAGUCAAAUCUUACAGUAAGUCGGGCCAAUCUUUCCUGUCAUACAUUUUUGCCUAACUGAUUAUGGAGUAGAGAACCAACAAACUAUUAAUCAUUAAACCAGUUUAAUAUGAACUGAAACUAUGACUUGAAAAGGUUUAUUAUUAAAAUUUCCUUUAUCAGUAACGUGAAAACAUACAAAGUACUCUAAUUUCAUCUCAAAACUGUUGUAAAGGUUUCAUACACAUUUAGGACCUGUUUCACCACUUCCUGAUAAGGCUAUCCACCAA